GCACAACACAGGAUGAGGAAGUGAAGCAACAGAGUGACUUCACCCAUUUAUUGCUUUGCAAAUAUCUCCGCGCUGAAGACAGGGCCCUUUGCCCAGAGAUAUCAGCUCAACACUGGCCUUCAUCCUGUUGCUCUGACAGCUGAUGAGUUCACGAGAAACAGGAAGUGAAAGUGCUGAUCCGAGGCGACGUCGACUGUUGAAGCCAAUGGGACUGAGUGAGGCGGUUAAUGAGUGACAGAGGAGGGCUGCAACCUUCAGCAGACAUUUGUUCAGCUCUUACCGUGUGACUCAUGCAGUCACAAGGAGCUCAGAGUUUAUUGUUGCACCUGCAUGGCUGGAUAACGUUGUGGAAACCCUUUUUCUUUCUCUUGUAUGACUUCUGAGAAACACAGCAGCGAUGGCGGACACACGCUCUCAGCCUCCGGCCUCCGGCUCGGCGGCUAAACUGGACCUGGUGCAGGGUCAGGUCAACGAGGUCAAAGUCAUCCUGACGGACAACAUCAGCAAAGUGCUGGAGAGGGGGGACCGGCUAGACGAUCUCAUCGGAAAGACCGAUGACCUGCAGGCGUCUGCCGACUCGUUCCAGAAAACAUCCACGCGGGUCGCCAGGAAAUACUGGUGGAAGAACAUUAAAAUGAUGAUCAUAAUCGGCGUGGUUGUGCUGAUCAUCAUCAUCCUCAUCAUCCUCUUCGCCACCAAAGUUAUAUAAAAACGACCUCUCAGCUCAGGACUGAACGCCAUGAAGACGGUGGAUGAAGUUCACCUCUUUUAUUGAGCAUCCAGAAGCACUCACGAGAGUCUGCGGUCAUUUCAGCUCAAACAAACAAAUAUUUUCAAGAGCAAAAAAUAUAUUCAUGUGAAUUCAAAGGGUGCAUGAUUGAUUAGGCUGCGAUGAAGAUCACGAUGAGAAGACAAAUUGUUAGAAACGUGGCUGAAAUACUUCCUUGAACACUCCACCAGCAUUUCACAAAGGAUCACAAAUCCAAAUUUUUUAUUAUUAUUUUAUCUCAUUUCUGUCAAAUUAUCUUUGUGUGUGUGUGUGUGUGUAUGUAUAUACACUGUAUGUUUGACUGUCAAACUCUGUAAUUAUGUGUAUUAUAUGACUGAUGACUACUAAAGAGGAUACAUUGUAA